AGAGUAGGCGGGCUUAUUCUUGUGGGUAGGUGCUUUCGUGCAGUAUGGCGGACGAUGGGGACAGUUCGAGUGGACCAGUUGACACAAGUGGCGGGCAAGGGACAACAGAUGAGUCGGAAGGACUCAGUCUUGGAGCGAUGUUGUUGAAUGUCAGUAUUUUAGUUAUAAUAGUUGCGGUCUGUUAUGUAGUUUAUCGGCGAUGGGGUAGACGAAUCGGUGCUGACGCGGCCCAGGCAAGCGAGGCCUCUUCUCUUCCCAAGAUGAGAAGACGUGAUUUCACUUUGGAACAACUAAGUGAAUACGAUGGACUUCAGAACCCCCGAAUCUUGAUGGCAGUGAAUAUGAAAGUCUUUGAUGUUACCACCGGCAAAAAGUUUUAUGGACGAGACGGCCCUUAUGGGAUCUUCGCUGGCCGGGACUCAUCCAGAGGGCUGGCGACUUUCUGCCUUGAGAAAGAUGCUCUUAGGGACGAGUAUGAUGAUCUGUCUGACCUUAACGCAGUUCAGAUGGAGAGUGUCAGAGAGUGGGAGAUGCAGUUCAUGGAGAAGUAUGAUUAUGUGGGGCGGCUGCUGAAGCCGGGGGACGAGCCGUCUGAGUACACCGAUGAGGAGGACAUCAAGGACCACCUGAAACAUGACUGAGCUGAGCGCCUGCCUACCAGAGCCAGGACCCAAACAGCUGCAACAGCCUCCCCAGGCCUCCCCGGGCCUCCCCUCCUGCCUCACCCUAUCCCUGUCAGGAUCCGCAGCUGUUCUGGACAGACUGUCUCUCCAGGCCCUGGUGCCUACUGUAGACCUCCAUCUUUCAGAUUACCACCAACAGAAAAAGAUCAUGACAAACUGUUAAUGGGGGAUUUUAAUGACAAUAACACGUCUGGGAUUUGAGCUUAACGUAUAUUGAAAAAGGAAAACAAAGACAAAACCAUUUUACCGUUUUUUUCUUUUCUUCUGGGGAUGUCACAGUUGUAUUAAUGUGAAGCAACCAUUAUGGUUUUCACAGUGAUGGGUGGCGCGUGUGGGUCUUGACAGUCAGAAUACAUUGGUCGAGGCGUGAGAUCGGGAACUGGUUUCGUUCUGACACACCCUUCACCUCAAAUGCUUUAGCAUUCGAUUUGGGAGCUUAUCAAUCAAUCAAUUAAUCGUUUGCCUAUUGGAAUUCUUUUUCUUUUUUUGUGUGUGAAAGAAGAAUAAAAUGUAAAUGUUUCCCACUUGGAAAGGCAGUGCAGUGCCCUAACCAGAGGUCCUGGAGGGGAGUCACCUUUUCCUGUUGUGUCUGUAGUGUGUGCACUACUAGUUAUCUCUGGUUGUAGUGUGUGCACUACUAGUUAUCUCUGGUUGUAGUGUGUGCACUACUAGUUAUCUCUGGUUGUAGUGUAUGCACUACUAGUUAUCUCUGGUUGUAGUGUAUGCACUACUAGUUAUCUCUGUUUGUCACCAUGUGAUUGUAUGUGUGGGCUAGCACAGUGGGGAGGCUGGGAGGGUUUAAAGGUCAUUGCCAUAAAAAUAUAUUUUGAAUAACUGCAGACCAGUUGAUUGGGCAAACAAAGGGAAGGUCAAAUGACAGUUUUAAUCAAUCAGCUGUUUACAUGCCUCUCAAGUCAGCUCCAAGUCUGUAGAUCCCCCCCAACAUGGUCAAAGUAUUAAUUGUGCCUUAUUUUGUUUGUUUUAUACAACUUAAAUCCUGACCAGUCAAAAUGAGGCAAGAGGUUGGAUAACCAUCCCUUCAUGAUUUUGUUUCAUGGAAGUGUUGGUGAAGAGGCUUCCCAGACAAGGUCUGCAGACUAGAAGAGGGUUUCCAGACAAGGUCUGCAGACUAGAAGAGGGUUUCCAGACAAGGUCUGCAGACUAGAAGAGGGUUUCCAGACAAGGUCUGCAGACUAGAAGAGGGUUUCCAGACUAGGUCUGCAGACUAGAAGAGGGUUUCCAGACUAGGUCUGCAUACUAGAAGAGGGUUUCCAGACAAGGUCUGCAGACAAGAGGGUUUCCAGACUAGGUCUGCAGACGAGAAGAAGGUUUCCAGACUAGGUCUGCAGACUAGAAGAGGGUUUCCAGAUUAGGUCUGCAGACUAGAAGAGGGUUUCCAGACUAGGUCUGCAGACUAGAAGAGGGUUUCCAGACAAGGUCUGCAGACUAGAAGAGGGUUUCCAGACAAGGUCUGCAGACUAGAAGCGGCUUUGCAGACUAGGUCUGCAGACUAGAAGCGGCUUUGCAGACUAGGAAGAGGCUUAGCAGACUAGAAGGCACGCUUUCAUCAGUCCAAUCACAGGCUGGCAUAUUCCCCAUGACAACCCUGUAUAUAGAGCGUACAAAGUACUCAGUGUUACUGCCAUAUUUAUGUAGUUGGUGAACUCCAUGCUGUGUUGUAUUGGCCAGAAGCCCCAGUGGUUUAUGCUUUUCCUUUCCAUGGUUUCUUUACUGAAGUUCUUUUUAAAUGUGGGUGAAUUUUGAAAAGAACGUUAAAAGUGCUGCGGGUGGGAUGGGGUUUGGAUAGGUUCCUAUUUGGUAAGAACAGUUGCUUAUCUUGUAAAUAUAUCUAUCAUUUUAUUAAAGCAUGUGCAACAAUUGUGAGCUAUGCUGCAUUCCCGCCAUGUCAUGUAUUUACGGUAAAUGUUGGGUGUGUGUUCACGCGCCAGAGACAGGAAGGGAUUUGUUCAUGCAUAAUAAACUGAUUUGGUUAAUAA